AUGCUCUCGGCAUUCGACGUAUCCUGCCUGCUCUUCCUCCCUCCUGCCCCCGGGGGCCGGCUCGGGGGCGGGCCAGGGGCGUAUCCGAGGACACUGAUUGGCUGCGUGGCUGCGGGCGGUGGGGUUAAGCGCGUCGCGGGGCCGGGGUCCCGCUGGAGCGGCCGAACCCGAGUGUGGGGCCCCGAGCCCGAGGCGGAGGGAACCCCGCCAAGCCUCCCGAGCCCAUCGCCAGCCAUGAGCCCCCCGCCGCCGGGCACCCGCCGUGGCCCUGGGCGGCCCCUGGUCCAGCUGCUGCUGCUGCUGCUGUUGCCGGCGCCGACGUCUGGGUCGGCCCAGGUGCCGCCCCCGCAGCCCCCAGCCCGGAGGAGACCCCCGGUGGUGAUCGUACCUGGUGACUUGGGAAACCAGCUGGAAGCCAAGCUAGACAAACCUACGGUAGUCCAUUACCUGUGCUGCAAGAAGACGGACAGUUAUUUUACCCUCUGGUUGAAUUUAGAGCUGCUCCUUCCUCUCAUCAUCGACUGUUGGAUUGAUAACAUCAGGUUGAUAUACAAUAGAACCACCAGGACCACUCAGUCCCCAGAUGGGGUGGAUGUGAAGGUUCCUGGCUUUGGAGACACCUUUUCUGUGGAAUACCUCGAUCCUAGCAAAGUUUCUUUUGGAGCUUAUUUCUUCACUCUGGUAGAGAGCCUGGUAGGCUGGGGUUACAGAAGAGGUGAAGAUGUCCAAGCAGCUCCCUAUGACUGGCGAAGAGCCCCAAAUGAAAAUGGAUACUAUUUCCAUGCCCUCCGCCAGAUGAUUGAGAUGAUGUAUGAGAAGUACGGAGGCCCCGUUGUCCUCGUCGCCCAUAGCAUGGGCAACAUGUAUACACUUUACUUCCUCAACCAGCAGUCACAGGACUGGAAAGACAAGUACAUCCAUUCCUUUGUGGCUCUGGGCGCUCCCUGGGGAGGAGUGGCUAAGACCCUUCGAGUGCUAGCUUCAGGAGACAACAACAGAAUUCCGGUCAUCAGUCCUCUGAAAAUCAGAGAGCAACAGAGAUCUGCUGUCUCAACCAAUUGGCUGCUUCCCUAUAAUUAUACUUGGUCCUCAGACAAGGUCUUUGUGAGAACACCCAAAGCCAACUACACCCUGCGGGACUAUGAGAAGUUCUAUAAGGAUAUUGGCUUUGAGGAUGGCUGGUUCAUGAGACAAGACACAGAGCCCUUGGUCUAUCAGAUGACACCGCCUGGCGUCCGGCUCCAUUGCCUAUAUGGUACUGGUAUCCAGACCCCUGACUCUUUCUAUUAUGAAAGUUUUCCUGAUCGAGACCCCAAGAUCUUCUAUGGUGAAGGUGAUGGCACGGUGAACGUGGAGAGCUCUCUGCACUGCCAGAAGUGGGUGAACCAGCAGAAGUAUGAGGUGACCCUGCUGGAGCUGAAGGGGAAUGAGCACAUUCAGAUGCUCUCUAAUGAGACGGCUCUUUCCUACUUGAAAAAUGUUCUCUUUGGUUUGUGAUGCUGUGUCCCAACAGCCUCCACACUCCAUCACCCCGGAUGCCUUCCCUUCCAACCCGAUGAGGGGGAAAAUGCUGCUUCACUAUCUUGAAGGUGUUUUGUUUGGCUUGGUUUUUUCUUAAUUUUUAUUUUUUAAAUCAAAGUUUUGAACUGGGCCUCCCUCUACAGGCCAUGGUUCGUUUUGCCAGAUGUGAAUGAGGUCUCAGCUCUGUGUCAGCGAUUAGAUACAUUCUCCUUCCUGGCCUUACCAUCCCAUUUGGUCACCUUUUGGGUCAAAUCCACACAGUAAGCUUGUUGAUUUCUCCAAAGGUAACAAGUCUGAUUAUUGGCAGAGAUGUUUGUUGAGUGGAGGCGAAGAGAUUGGUCUCAGAGAUCACUAGAAAGGUUUCACACACAUCUUUUCCAACUUGUCUUUUUUGGGUUCUAUUUUUAUUUUAAAUUCUCAGAAAUGUAAAGAAGAUCUUGUUUUGGGCGUACCCUGAGUUUGACAUAGUCCAGCUGACACUACUUCAAAAGAGGAGAGGAAUCCAGUCCAAUCAUCAUUGUGCUGCUGGUGCUGUCACAACUUCAGGCUUCAGGCCUCUCUUUCAGGAGUAAGAGGGAGGGAGGGGACAGCCAUACUGCCAAAACCAAUCUCCAGCUUUUGGCCAGGGGCCCUUAAGGCAUGGGACGCCCUGACUCUUACACAACACAACCCGAGUGGCCAUUCAAGGCUGGCUUCUUUACUUUAGCUAUAACAAUGCCUACUUCUUCAGAGCCUUCCUUCCUUUCCUGCCACACUUCCUUAUCUCCUUACCCCUCCACUCCCCAAACUUUGGAUUGGAUAAAGCAACCAUAUGCAUAUGAUCUGUUCUUCUAGUCCCCUGUGCACGUGACUUCCAUCUUUGCUUUUGGCCCAGCAGUUGCACAUGCCCUCUGCCCUUCAUUCUGCCCUUUCCUCAUGUUGUAAGUGGAGGAUCUGCCUGCUGCUAUGGCAUCAUUCUGUGCACCCUAGACUUUGGUUUGGGUUCCCCCUCGCCUUUCUAUUUUUAAAGGCUGUAUUAACUGUGUGUUACUGCCAGACUCUGUAUUUUCUCAGCACAAUGGAAGAGAGGACUGUAGCCCUCCCUCAACUUCACACAGUGUGGUUUUUUAAAACUUCUCUGGGAAGCAUCCCAUCCCCUGGUGCUAUUGUUAUAGAUUGGGGAUCUAGGGAAAGAGUUUUAUGUUCAUACCAAAGUAGUUAAUUAUCCAUGUACAUUUCUCUGAGUCUGGGCAGGGGACAGACAGGCAGGACACUGGUUUGGUCCUUCCAACAUGGCGGGAAGAGAGGAUUCUAGUUCCCAGGUGAGGUUUCAGAUCCUUGCAUUUCUGGGCUGUAGUGGUACCUGUACUGAAUCCUCCUCAAUCUAUGAGUCUUAUGCAAACUGUAUGUACCUUACCCUCACGGUCAAAUUUCUUUAGCUCUUCCUCCCAUGACUGUCCUAAGGAGGCUUUGGAGCCAAGUGACCGUGCUGCUUGUAUUGCCAUAGGAACUGGUGAUUCUCUGCCCCCUCCCCCCCCAACCUCCCAUAAGACCACCGCUGUGUUUGUAUAAUUUAAUCAUUGUUUAGCCUGUGCUAUGAGAAAUCCUAUUGGGAUCUCAGUCUCCAGGCUGUUUCUGGAUCCUAGGGACAGGAUCAAGACAGAAAACUACUCUCGUUAUCAGGUUUAGUUAAGGGUUUGAGGGCCAGGUGGGCCCAGAAAACACCCUUUCUCAGUGAUCUAAGACUCAUGUUUACUUCCUAAAAAGGCAAUUCCCAGUUCAGCUUACAAACAGCAUCAGGAUUUUCCACUAUCCGUUAAUUUCCUUAAAGCUGGAUCUUGUGGAAGAAAAGGCAGGGGCAGCUUUGGUUUUAUGAUGGACAUAACCUCUCCUGUGCUUUAUGUGCACAUUUGUGUAUGUAAUUUUCAGUCCCCAGAUUGAUGUAAUAUGAUUUAGCCCAGGAGGGAGCUGACAGAUGAAGUAGGGUCAAGGUUUCUACUUACAGCCCUAUUUGUGCUCCAAGGGAAGAAAUCCAGGAACCUAAAACUCUAGCUUUUGAAAAAAUGCAUCGUGGCUCACUCCCUUCCCUAGUGUGCAUCUCCUCUAACUUCCACUUCAGUCUAACCUGUGGCCUCACCACCUUCUUCAGAUUGCCAGCAUUCUUAACCUAGAACCUGUUCCAGGUAUUUGGAUUGACCUACCAGGAGCAGAUGAUUUCAGCCCCUCCUAACCCGGUCUGACCUCUAGGUGCUACCUGAUUUCAUGGGACCUAUAGGAAGGACCUAAAGGUCCUAAAGGAAGGACCUGAAGACCCAUGGAUUGGUUGGUAACUGACAAGGGCCAUUACCAACAGCCUGAGCGUUUCCCACGUGACAGGAGGAGAACUUGGGUCUCCAGGGCACCAACGAGAGAUCACUCAGUGUGCCAUCCACAGAGACCCGGAGUGCCACCCUUUGUCAGCCCUGUGUGGGUAGUGCAGGGGAUUUUUCAAAUCUCUGAUAAUUUGGACAAGUCAGAGUUGUUUUUCUACAAGCUAUAAUCUAGAAUCACAAUGCAGAUCAUGUUUUUGAAGUAAAUGUUGCAACAUUUUCAAAAAGAGGACAGGGAUGUCUUGACAUUUCAUGACCACUGAGCUUGAGUUGAAGUAAAAAAGUUGUCCACUCCAUCACAAACAGCUUAGGUUUAUAUUUUUGUUGGUUGUUUUUCUCCACCAAGGAAAAAAAAUGCAACUUUCUUAAAAAACAAAAAAUACUCAACCCUACAAAACUGUUUUUGAGGACCAAAUGUAUUCUCCGACAAUAAGAUUGAAGAGGAAAUGUCCAGCUCUAAUCCUGAGAAGGCUAAUAAUACAAGUGCUGGGAAGAAACCCUGUAGCAAACAGUGCCUGCCAUUGGCUGUGACCUCAGAUACUGCAGUCAGUGAUGGCCCCUGGUUGGAGUGGGGCCAGGGCCACCAAGGACCCAGAGGAUGCCCUGGAGUGGAUCCAGGGUCUGCUCCAAAAAAAAUCAGGGAACGUUUUGCCAGGACUUUGCUGCUCUAUAUUUUAACAGUAUUUUAUAUGAAAUCUAUUGGAUUUUAUUGUAUAUCAUAAGCUAUAUAUAUAAAAUGUAUGUGUGUAUGCGUGUGUGCUUAUGUGCAUACAUCUUUUGGUCUGAAUGACUGACUUCACUGGGAAAUUUUGCACAUGUGUACUUUGAGACACUUAAAUGUAUAGUAAUAAAAGUAAAUCUGAUGAUGCAAGGCA